UUAGUUAUGUAGGUAAAUGCUUCCUGCAUAACUAAGUUAUGCAGGAAGCUGUGAAAAUAAAUUUAAAUUUUUUACUCGUACUCGUUUUUAGAAUUGUUAAAAGUUAAUUAGAGUCAGUAGUGUCACAAAAAGUAAUUGUGUUUUUCGUGAUUCAGCAGCGAGCGGAGCGCAGCUCUUCAGUUAGUCGAUCGAGCUAGCUCUUGGGUGGUAUCUCAGUUGGCUCAGUCGUGGUCUGGAACGCUGUGUUGAACGUUUUGUGUGCUCCUCGACGUGAUGGACUCCUCCAGUGGAGCAGGAAAACAGUACGGUCUGAUCAUUCCCAAGAAAUCUACCGCUGUCUCGCGCUUAAAACCCUCAGCGGCCUUCCUCGACACCGAACUGGACGACGAAGGACCAUCCCAACCGAAGAACAUUGGCGAGGCCCUGAAUCGCGAGAAGCCCGGUCUGCGGAUGAAGCUAGCCACCCAGUCCAUGCUGCACGACGCCCUCACAGAAGACCAAGACGUUUUUGAGUACGACAAGGUGUACGAGCAGAUGCAGCGGGACAAAGCGGAACGCGACGGCACCGCGAAGGAGAAGGAGAAAGAUCGCAAACCCAAAUACGUCCACGCACUUCUGCAGGCCAGCAAGGAACGCGAGAAGGAGUACGAGCGCCGUGUGGAACGCAAAAUCCAGAAGGAGCGCGAAGCUGAGGGCGAUGCCUUCGGCGACAAAGAGCAGUUCGUCACAUCGGCUUAUAAGAAGAAACUGCAGGAGCAGCGCGAAGCGGAAGCGCGGGAGAAGGCGCUGGAGCGCAUUGAAGACAAAUUGGAUGUGACGAAACAGGAAGGGUUGGGCCUGUUCUAUAAGCAUCUGCUAAAGCAGCAGACGGGGGAGGAGAAGGUGCGGAAUGCGGGGGAGUCGUAUGCGGAGAAGGAGGCCGUCGCGGGCGGCUCUAAAGCGGAGAAACGUCUUGCGGAGGAGACACUUCUUGAGGUGGCCAAACGGAGCAGACAGGGCCAGUCGCGCGGAUCGGAGGACACGGAGGAGGAGGUUGGUGUAUCCAGUCGGCGAGACAGAAGUGUAUCACCUGCUGGAGAAGUUAAUGCGGAAACGGGAAUUAAGGAUCAGGCGUCAUCUCAUGGGAUAACAGCGAUUAAAGCCGAUUCCCAGUCCCCCUUGGCGUCGUUGACAACGAGCGUUGAGCGAGAGCGCAAGGCCGCCGCUGUCAUCGAGGACAAGAAGGCCCUUCUCUUCAGUAAACGAUCCACAGAUGAUUCCACUCUCAGUGCACGGGAGCGCUAUCUGGCUCGCCAAGCGGCUAAACAGGCGCCAUCAUCUGAUGCAUAGAGUGGUGUUUAUGCGACGCGAGUAUGCGGAAGACGAACGGAGAACAGUGUGGCCUGUGAUAUUCGACCCCUUUCUGUUUGUUUGGAUGGAUCUUGUUUUUGAAAAUUGUAAUAAUUGCAUUGAUUUGAUGGCGUUAGUUUUGACCGUAGUACAUUUUGUAACCUCCUUAGAAGUCAAUUUUGUGUAUUGAUUCUAUUGUGUAGCAAAGUUCUGAGCAAUUUUUAUUUGAAUAUUAAUGGCUUUGUUGACAUUUGGAAUUUCAUUCGGCGCCUGCCAUGCCGUGCACAAUGCAUACACGUAAUUCGACUGCGAUAUUCAGCGAUGCAGAAUGGGAUGCUCGCUAUAACGAGCGAUUGCGAAUCGGAUCGGCUGUGUUUCUGAUUAUCGUGGGCUGUAUGAGUGUUGUCGGGAACGCUGUCACCUUUGCG